AUGAAUGAGUUACAUUCAAGUCAUUUUGGAACAAAUAGAAUGAAAAAAAUUGCACUUUCUUAUUUUUGGUGGCCAACAAUUGACAAGGACAUAAGCAAUAUAACAGUAUCAUGUUUAAUUUGUCUAGAAAAUCGUGAUAACCCAGAGAAAGCAUUAUUGUCUACAUGGCCAUGUUCUGAGUCUGUGUGGGAAAGUUGCAUGCAGGUGAUGGUAAGGGACUAUAGAAAUAAGGCAAAAAAAAUGGAUUUGUGUGGAAGUAAAGCAGUGAUUAAAGUUCAGGGGCGACUUGUAAAACGUCAUGUGAAUCAAAUGUUGAAGUGUGCAGUAACAGUAUAA